AAUUUAGAUAUAUUUAUGAUUUAUGACAGCUUGUGGAAUGACCUGCAGACAUUGUGCUGCAAAGAUGGAGUUUGUAACUUCCACAACAACCAGAAUGUGAACUGUUCUGCUAAACUCAGUCAAGUUGAUUUUAUCGUCUACCAGUCGGGACUCAACAUGUAUAACCUGUAUGCACCCUGUGCAGGGGGUGUUCCUCAGAGAGCGAGCGUUGAGAACGGGCAGUUUGUGAUCCGGGAUCUGAGUCAUCACUUCAUCAACUACGAGUUUUCCAAAACACGCAAUGAGAAAUUUAGAGGCGUGUCCGGCCUGUUUAAAUCUGCGAGGCUGGAUCCUCCCUGUACAAACUCCACCGCGUCCACCCUGUACCUCAACAACCCGCUGGUGAAAUCUGCUCUUCACAUCUCACCCAACGCUCUGGACUGGGUCAUCUGCAGUGCUGAGGUGAAUCUGAAUUACAAUCGUCUGUUUAAGACUGUGAAGAAGCAGUACCUGAAGCUACUGGGAGCUCUGAAGUACCGUGUGCUGGUGUACAAUGGGGAUGUUGAUAUGGCCUGUAAUUUUCUGGGAGAUGAAUGGUUUGUGGAAUCACUGCAGCAGGAGGUUCAGGUUCAGCGCAGGACUUGGAUUUAUAAUGACGGUGAAACUCAACAGGUUGGCGGAUUUGUCAAGGAAUUCUCUAACCUGGCUUUCCUCACAGUGAAGGGUUCGGGUCACAUGGUUCCUACUGAUAAACCAAUAGCAGCUUUCACGAUGUUCAGUCGCUUCGUCACCAAACAGCCGUACUAGGUCACACUCUUUUAAAUCAGAAUUUGCACACUCACACUGGUUAAAGGUUUCUGUGUCGGACUGAAUUUAGUGUCCCACAAGUUUACGUUGUGUUUUACGGAGUUUAGAUGGUGGCCUGCUGCCUGUAUUAUUCUAUUCGAGUUGUUUGUUUGGACUGGAAGAUAAUGUAAAGUACCUGCAGACUGUGAUGGGUUGAUCAGAUGUUGAUUAUUUACAAAUGCCUUUAAAGAAUCAGUUGGGUUAGUCUUACGAUUGCACCACUUUAACCAUGAACAUUCACAGCAGUGUGACCGCCUCUUAAAUGACGAGAGAUGUUGAAUUUAAUUGAUCACAGAGAUGAUUUAGUUUUUAUUAUAACACCGCUGAAUGCCUGACUACAGUAACUGUGCCUGUGUCCAUCUGUCCUCCUUGACUUGAUAAUGUUUAAAAAUUAUUUUAUAAGUGAUUUGUGGUACUUUUGGGCUCAUGAGGAAACAAUCUUGUCAUUUUUUUUUUAAUAAAAUAAAGUUUCUAUGAUUUUA